AGACGGACGCGGAGGUCUGCAGACGAGCUGCGUUACCGCCGGUCCGCAAACCGGCUUUGGCUGGAUUAAACCGCUCGGUUCAGUCCUUCUUUAAAUGUGCCACGGUUUGUAAUCCAGGUCCGAGAAGUGAAAUCCAUCCCCAGGAUUUCGCCCCAACUGCGUGACUUCUCUAAUUCGCUCAAACGAGCAGCGCAAAUGUGCAGGCGGUUGUAAGAAAACCCCGGGGAGGACUUCCACUUUCUGGACCUGGAUUGCCCACCUUUAGGUAGCGCUCUACAUAAAAAAACUGCAGGAAAGAUGUUUUGAUGGCCCAAAUCGCCGUUAAAAGCACAGCAGGUUAACACAGUAGUAUAUUUUGAUGGUGUAAAUCGCCUUAUCAGAUAGAGGUGGGUGAUCUAGCGAUACUACAAGACGCAGUCACGAUACACGAUAUAUCGCGAUAUUUAUUAUUCAGAUCGAUUGGAACAGAGAAAAGAACCAGAAAUGCAGGGCUUAUGGAGGCAGUUCUGCACCUGAGGCUCCUGUGCAUGAAAACCCAGAGUGGGAGAAGGCCCGACAGGCCCUGGCCUCCAUCAGCAAAAGCCAGAACUCCACCAAGACGUCGCCAACCAACCGCACCACCUCACAGGCUGGGCAGUACCAGACAGCCGUCACUGACUCCUCUGCAAUGCAGCAGCAGCAGCAGCAGCAACAGUACUACCCAUGGUACCCACAGAACCAGCAACAGUACCCAGGAUACGCGUACCCUUACUACAACUACUACCCGAUGCCUCCGUAUGGAGGCGGGUAUCCCCCAGCUCAGUAUGGGGUUCCAGGAGCUUACCCACCACCGACAACCCCUACUGGACAGCCUCCGGCCAUGCCCAUGAUGGAGGAGCAGUCGUCCAGUUACUCCUCUGAACCCCAGCCACCGCCGCCCGCUGUACCCCAGCCCCCCCCACAGAGCCCCACCUCGUCUGACCAGCCCCCUCCCCCACCACCCCCACCCAUACCUCCCCCACCCAAUGCCCAGUACCCACCACCCCCUUCCCAAAACCCCUACAACCCAAACGGUGCCCUACCCUACAGUCCCACUGACUCCAACCCCAUGAGGGGCUAUAAUCAUGGGCAACCCAGGCCAAGUUACCAGGGUUACCAGCCUCCGGGUUACCCGCCUCCACCGCAGCAGGGUCCAGGGCAGGGCCCCUACGGAGGAGCCGGCAGAGGAGACGGCAAUAAGAAACCCAACAAUGCAAAUAUGAACAAAGGUGGCCAGCAGCUGUGGAACCGCAUGAAACAGGCUCCUGGAGCUGGUGGUGUGAAGUUUAACAUCCAGAAACGCCCAUACGUGAUGGCCAAUCAGAACUUUCCCCCUGGUGAACAGCCGCCCGGCUUGGCUACCUCCACGGCAGCCACCGCCGCGACCUCAGCAGCAACGACUUCCACAGCAGGAGCUGCUCAGGCGGGCCCUCAGGACUGGCCUCAGGCCAUGAAGGAAUAUGUGCAGCGUUGCUUUGCGGCCUGUGAGACAGAGGAGGACAAAGACCGCACAGAGAAGGUGUUGAAAGACAUUCUGCAGAGUCGACUGCAAGAUGGGUCGGCCUUCACUAUUGACUGGACGCGAGAACCACUGCCAGACGUGAAGCCCCGACAGUCCCGCUGGGAGGCCGUUCCUCAGCGCUCGCAGGAGAACGCCAGUGGUCGAGGUGGAGCCACCCGAGGCAGGGGCGGGGCCAGACUGGGUAACUACAGAAAUGUGUUUUCUCAGAGAAGCCCCUCCUCAAGCUCAUCGCGUUCCUCGUCACGAUCGCCUUCCCCUCACAGCCGUCACAGAGACAGGAGUAGACACCGCCGCAGCGACUCUGGCUCCCAGUCGGAUAGCAGCAUAUCUAGCGACCUCCGACCUAUCUCUCGUCGGCAGCAGCGGGGCGGACGAGGCCGAGGGGAAGAAAGAGAUCGAGGGAGAGGAGGAGAGAGAGGCAGAGGAAGAGGAGGAAAAGCAAACCGGGGGCGCAGGAACAUGGAUGACCCUGGUAGCGGCAUUGGUAAGAAACGAAAGGGAGGGAACGCAGGCUUGGAUUUCCACGACCCGAACCGCGAGGCGAAGAAGCAAAGCCGAGCUGCGCGUUUCCACACCAAACGCACUGAGCCUCUGGUGCUGAACAUCAACGCCUUCGACCUUCCAAAUGGCACCCAAGAGGGUCUCAGCUGGGAGGACUGCCCCAUUGUGGGAACCUGCCAGGACAUCACCAAAAACUACUUGCGCCUCACCUGCGCUCCAGACCCUUCCACAGUCAGACCCGUUCCUGUAUUGAAAAAGUCUCUGACUGCAGUGAAGGCUCACUGGAAGACUAAUCAGGAUUACCAGUAUGCCUGUGAGCAGAUGAAGUCAAUACGACAGGACCUCACUGUGCAAGGGGUGCGAACGGACUUCACAGUGGAGGUCUACGAGACUCAUGCACGUAUUGCACUGGAGAAGGGAGACCACGAGGAGUUCAACCAGUGCCAGACACAGCUGAAGGCACUUUAUAAGGACUGCCCGUCGAGCAACGUGGGAGAAUUCACUGCCUAUAGACUACUGUACUACAUCUUCACUAAAAACUCUGGAGACUUGACCACCGAGUUGGUGUACCUCACCCCCGAACUCCGCGAGGAUGAGUGCGUGUCUCAUGCUCUUGCGCUCCGUGCUGCCUGGGCACUUGGAAACUUCCACCGCUUCUUCCAGCUGUACAAAAGGGCGCCACGCAUGGCUGCUUACCUGAUUGACAAGUUUGUGGAGCGCGAGAGGAAGUUGGCACUGGGGGCCAUUUUCAAAACGUUCAGGCCCUCUGUGCCGGUGGAGUAUGUGCAGUCCAGCCUGGCCUUUCCUUGUUUAGAUACAUGUUUGGCCUUUCUGACAGGGCUUGGGGUUGCGUUUACCCCCUCAGACCCCAGCAAGAUAGACUGCAAAGCCAGCUCAGCUUGUCUGACCACUUCAUAGAAGGGACAGGGAAGGGGAGGACACUUAGAUUUUGAUAGGCGAGACAUAAGGGACCAUGUAUCUGCACAGCCAUCCAAACUCAGUUUAGAGGGAGAUGAUAUUGUACAGCAAUGACUAGAUUUAUAUUUAUAUUCUUAUAACUCUUAUAGAGCGUGACUUGCACACAGAAAUGGACUGUAAACACACAGUAACUUAGCUGCCAGUGCCACAGUAUGACUUUCGCUGAGUUACGCACACCUCAGAAUUUUUAAACAUUAGGAGAGAACUUACCCACACACAGUAGAAGCACCUUCAUGGGUUCAGUAGGUGUAGACCAUCUUCAGCUUUCAGCCAGGGUUUUAGGACAGGUUGAAGGGAGGUUUCUGGGUGUCCCGUUUCUUAGCCUUCAAAAAUCAUUUUGAAGCUAACGGUGUUCUGUGUUCUCAUGUUUUUUCUCCCCUCAAGCUAACAGCCUCUGAGAAGCUCAUGUGAAGAGAAAAGCCCACGAAACCCAAAGAUGUCAAGAAAAAAAAAAGCUUUCGUCAUCGUCCAAGCAUCCUGAUUGUCUAGCUAAGAAAAAGAUGCCUGCUGGGAGUUUCCUGCACCCAUCCAAAGUA